AGUAUACAAGGAAACUAACUCAAUUUCAGACAAGGAAAGAAGAGAGAGAUGGGAAGUGAUUGUAACGGCAGCUCAGCUUCCGAGUCUUUUGUGAAGACACCCACAAUAAAGUUCACCAAGCUGUUCAUCAAUGGAGAGUUCGUUGACUCCAUUUCAGGGAAAACAUUUGAGACGAUAGAUCCAAGGACAGGGGAGGUGAUAGCUAGAAUUGCGGAAGGAGAUAAGGAAGAUGUUGAUUUGGCUGUGAAGGCUGCUCGCGCUGCGUUCGACAAUGGCCCUUGGCCCCGCUUUCCUGGCGCUGAGAGGGGAAGGAUAAUGAUGAAAUUUGCGAACUUAAUUGACCAACAUGUAGAAGAACUAGCUAUCUUGGAUACCGUUGAUGCUGGGAGGUUGUUCAACUUUGGCAAGGCCGUAGACAUACCUCAGGUAGCAGAAAAUCUACGCUACUACGCGGGUGCAGCCGACAAAAUCCAUGGAGAUGUGCUCAAAAUGUCACGCGAGCUUCAAGCCUAUACGUUGCUUGAACCCAUUGGUGUUGUGGGGCACAUCAUCCCAUGGAAUUUCCCAAGCACCCUGUUCUUUGCAAAGGUCAGCCCUUCCUUAGCCGCCGGGUGCACUAUGGUCAUCAAACCUGCUGAGCAAACACCUCUCUCUGCUCUGUAUUAUGCUCACCUGGCUAAGUUGGCUGGUGUUCCUGAUGGAGUGCUCAAUGUCAUAACUGGAUUUGGACAGACUGCUGGGGCUGCCAUCAGCUAUCACAUGGACAUUGACAAAGUCAGUUUUACUGGUUCCACGGAGGUAGGGCGUUUAGUAAUGGAGGCUGCAGCAAAGAGCAACCUAAAACAAGUUUCACUUGAACUAGGAGGCAAGUCACCCCUUGUGAUUUUUGAUGAUGCUGAUAUAGAUAUGGCUGCUGACCUUGCUCUCUUGGGAGUCCUUUACAACAAGGGAGAAAUUUGCGUGGCGAGUUCUCGAGUUUUUGUUCAAGAAGGGAUUUAUGAUGAACUUGUGAAGAAGUUAGAGGAGAAGGCAAAAGCUUGGGUAGUUGGGGAUCCUUUUGAUCCAAAUGUUCGUCAAGGACCCCAGGUUGAUAAGCAGCAGUAUAAUAAAAUCCUAACCUACAUUGACCAUGGGAAGAAUGAAGGAGCCACUUUGUUAACAGGAGGAAAACCUUUGGGGAACAAGGGAUAUUACAUUGAGCCAACAAUAUUCACUGAUGUCAAGGACGACAUGCUUAUAGCCAAGGAUGAAAUAUUCGGGCCGGUGAUGGCGCUGAUGAAAUUCAAGACCAUUGAGGAGGCAAUACAGAGAGCCAACAACACAAAAUAUGGGCUAGCAGCAGGGAUUAUAACCAAGGACUUGAAUGUGGCCAACACCGUCUCGAGGUCAAUUCGUGCUGGCGUUAUAUGGAUCAAUUGCUACUUUGCUUUCGAUCUAGACUGCCCUUAUGGAGGAUAUAAGAUGAGUGGCUUCGGCAGAGACUUUGGCUUGGAAGCCCUCCACAAGUAUCUCCACACCAAAUCUGUCGUCACUCCCAUUUACAACUCUCCCUGGCUCUAAAUUAUCACACUCUGCAAGUUGCCAGAUGAUUGGGAAAUCACAUCAUUUGUAGCAACUUGAAUAAUGCAAUAAA